AUGAUCAAGGUGCAAUGUGACAACGGCAGUCAACGCGAUGUACCGGCAGACAGCGUGGACAAGGUCAAUCCGGCCAAGUUCGACAAGGCGGACGAUAUGGCAGAGCUAACACAUCUCAACGAGGCCAGCGUCGUGCACAACCUCCAGCAACGUUAUCAGGCCGAUCUCAUCUACACCUACUCGGGCCUCUUCUUGGUUACCGUGAAUCCGUACACUCCUCUACCGAUAUACGGAAGAGACUACAUCAACAUGUACAAAGGUCGGAGUCGGGAGGACACGAAACCGCACAUUUUCGCCAUGGCCGACGAAGCAUUUCGGAAUUUGAUCGACGAAGGCACGAAUCAGUCCAUCCUGGUCACUGGAGAAUCCGGUGCUGGAAAGACCGAGAACACGAAGAAGGUCAUCCAAUUUCUGGCCUCUGUGGCGACAUCGGACACUCCCCGUGUCAAGUCCAGCGGGCGCCAGCUCUCGAAUCUGUCCGAGCAGAUCUUACGAGCCAAUCCCAUUCUCGAAGCAUUUGGCAACGCGCAGACUGUACGCAACAACAACUCUUCUCGGUUCGGAAAGUUCAUCCGAAUAGAAUUCACCAGGACCGGGCAAAUUGCUGGGGCUUAUAUCGAUUGGUAUCUGUUGGAGAAGAGUCGAGUGGUGCAUCUGAACUCACAUGAGCGGAAUUACCACGUAUUCUAUCAGCUUCUGCGAGGAGCAAGCCACGCCAUGCGCCGAGACUUCAUGCUUGGAGACAAAGAGGCCGAGGAUUUCGAAUACACCAAGCACGGCAACGAUACGAUAUCUGGAGUGUCAGACGAAGGCGAGUGGAAGUCCCUUUUGGAGGCGUUCCAUGUCAUGAACUUUUCAGAUAGUGAGCAGACAGAUGUGCUUCAAACGAUCGCCGGAGUGCUGCAUCUGGGCAACAUUGCAGUCAUGAAAGAGAGUUCGCGGGCGGACCAGGCAGCACUAUCGCCUGAAGCAGCGGAUCCUGUACAGCGAACUUGCAAGCUGCUUGGUAUCAACGCGGAGGCAUUUGUCAAGGCUCUGCUUCAUCCUCGUGUCAAAGCUGGCCACGAGUGGGUUGAAAAGGUUCAAACACCCGAGCAAGUGCGCCUUUCCAUUGAUGCUCUGGCCAAGGGCAUCUACGAGCGUGGCUUUGGAAAUCUGGUGGAUCGCAUCAAUCGGCAGCUUGACCGCACCUCAUCCGGUGCGUACGCUGAUGAUACGUCUUUCAUUGGCGUCCUGGAUAUCGCGGGAUUUGAGAUCUUCGAGGAGAACAGCUUCGAGCAGCUUUGCAUCAACUACACCAACGAGAAGCUGCAGCAGUUCUUCAACCACCACAUGUUCGUGCUUGAGCAGGAAGAAUACGCGAGAGAGCAGAUCGAGUGGAAAUUCAUCGACUUUGGCCGCGAUCUGCAGCCGACGAUUGACCUCAUUGAGCUCCCAAACCCCAUCGGUAUCUUUUCAUGCUUGGACGAGGAUUCCGUCAUGCCGAAAGCGACAGACAAGUCCUUCACUGAGAAGCUGCACUCGCUCUGGGACCGCAAGACGCCCAAAUAUAAACGAUCGCUGCUCAACCAGGGUUUCAUGCUCACUCAUUAUGCGGCUGAGGUCGAAUACUCAACGGAAGGAUGGCUGGAGAAAAACAAAGAUCCACUGAACGACAAUGUCACGCGCCUGCUUGCCAGCUCGACCAAUGCUCACGUUGCAAACUUGUUCGCCGACUGCGCUGAAACCGAUGAUGUCGAGGGCGCGACCCGCAGCCGUGUGAAGAGAGGACUUUUCCGAACUGUCGCGCAAAGACACAAAGAGCAACUGUCGACUCUGAUGAACCAGCUGCACUCAACGCAUCCGCAUUUCGUGCGUUGCAUUCUGCCUAACCACAAGAAGAAGCCGAAACAAUUCAGUUCUCCGCUCGUGUUGGAUCAGCUGCGGUGCAAUGGUGUACUCGAAGGUAUUCGAAUCGCGAGGACUGGCUUUCCCAACCGACUCCCUUUCGCAGAAUUUCGUGCGCGAUAUGAGGUCUUGUGCCAGAACAUGCCCAAAGGCUAUGUCGAAGGCCAAGCAUACUCCAAAAUCAUGCUGGAGAAGCUCAAUAUGGAUCGCAGCUGGUAUCGAGUGGGCCUUACCAAGGUCUUCUUCCGUGCUGUGAGCGAUAUGCUGGAGUUCGCAAAGACCUGGACGAGAAGACACAGCUCGUCGAACAACUAG